ACGUCGCUCAAGCUCGCGAAACUGCCUUCCUUCUUUCCGAGCAGUCCCCCAAAAUUUCACUGCUACGUCCCCGCCUGUAGAUCCGCCCUCUCUCGUACAAGGGAGCGAACCCGGUUUUCACUUCAUCAGUCUCCACAGGAAUGUGAGCAUCGCGAAAAUCUGGAUCUGAGCCUGGCUUGAAGAUCCUUGCGGGUAGGUCCGCUGUUUCGGCUAGAGCCGUUCCCUGCAGUAGAUCUUUAGGAGAAUGGGAUCGAGAAGCGAUGGCUUCAUCUCAGAGCGGAUUCAGUCUGGAUAACAGAAGAACUGGGCGACGAGAAAUGAUUCGGAAACCAGAUCCUUGUGCCCCCACCAACUCAGCCUUCACUCCACAUAUAUGCGGGGAGUCUUACGGAUAUGAUACCUGAUUUGGUGUAGUAUUUGACUUCAUGCACCACAUAAAGAGUGAUGAUUCGGUCACUAGCUUGAUAAGUACAUUCUAAUGAAUAUCUUCUGAAGUAUCUCCGCAGUCGUUGCUGUGUUCUUGGUACUUAUGUUCCAGCCAUCCCUCUCUGACUCUUCCCAUCAUCAAAACUUCUCGUUUUGUAUUCAGAAUGAAUUUCAUCUUUAACAGUACAGCACUGCUGGUGGUAAUUAUCUCCUGGCUUAUAUAUCAUGUUGCUCAAGCUAUCCACCGCCUGUAUUUCAGUCCCAUCGCCAAGUUUCCAGGACCGAAAUUGGCAGCUGUCAGUUUCUGGUAUGAGUUCUACUACGAUGUAAUUCUCGGCGGACAAUACACGUUUGAAAUCGGCCGAAUGCACGAGAAGUAUGGUCCUAUCAUCCGGAUCAACCCAUACGAAUUACACGUCUCAUCUCCGGAGUUCUACGAGAAGUUGUAUGCUGGACCUGGCAGGAGGCGUCAUCGCUGGGGUUGGAUGACUGUUCAAUUCGAUGUGCCACAAUCGAUGUUUGGUACAAAUGACCACGAUCUACAUCGUAUUCGGAGAGCAGCUGUACAUCCGUUCUUCUCUAAGGGUGCAGUACGGAAGCUGCAGCCAAUUAUUGAGGAGAGGGUUGAGGCUUUGAUGGGUCGAUUUCGAGGAUUUCAAACUUCUGGCGAGCCGAUACCUCUUAAUUAUGCUUUCUCUGCUUAUACAAAUGACAUUGCUCAAGAAUAUGCUUUCGCGAGAUCAGACCAUCGAGUCGAUCAGGAGGAUUUCGAGCCGACAUUCCACGAUGCUUCAGUAGCUGGCAGUAGUGGUGGAGCACUUAUCAAGCAAUAUCCUUGGAUACUACCUCUGAUGAAAGCCCUGCCAGACUCGUCUAUGACCUGGCUGGACCCAAACAUGAAAUCAUUUUUUGACUUCCAAGCUAGCAUCAGGAACCAAAUCAAAGAAAUGAAGUCCGGUCAGAGAGACGACUCAAAGAAUGCAGACCAUCGAACAAUCUUCUAUGAAAUGUUAAACAGCAAUCUUCCUGAGGAAGAGAAAUCAGACGAGCGUCUCGCCCAAGAUGGUCAAACCAUCGUUGUUGCUGGAACUCUCACGACAGCAUGGGCUCUGUGCGUUGCCGUCUACUUUCUCAUCGCGCAGCCAGACACUCUCAGAAAACUGAAAGCAGAGUUGCAGACCGCCCUGAAAGGGCCAGCUUCAACAGUCACACUUGCGACCUUGGAGCAACUGCCGUACUUGACAGGCUGCAUUCAAGAAUCCAUUCGACUCAGCUAUGGAGUAUGCACGCGACUUCAACGAAUAGCUCCAGACGAGACUCUAGUCUUCAAUGACGGAAAUAGAGAUUGGUAUAUACCUCCAGGUACCCCAGUCGGCAUGACCAGCGUCCUAGUUCAUCAUGACGAGUCGGUGUUCCCGAACUCCAGGAAAUUCUUGCCGGAGAGGUGGAUUGAGAAUCCACGUUUGGACAAAUAUCUUGUCUCUUUCACGAAGGGUACACGAUUGUGCAUUGGUAUCAAUUUGGCGUAUGCAGAGCUAUAUCUUGCCAUCGCGAGAAUUUUCAGGGCUUAUGGAAGCCAAGAUGUGAGGACCGAGGGAGAUGUGGGGUAUCUUGAGUUGUUUGAGACCACAGCUGAGGAUAUGGUGCUCCCGAAAGAUGUUUUCAUCCCUGUUGGAAGAGAAGGGUCUAAGGGGGUUAGAGUCACGGUGAAGAAGUAACUCUGAUGUGAUCGUUUAUUUUCGCAGUCUUCGCACAGACCCCUUCGCUUGUUGUGUUUACGUUCGAAUGCCCCUCUCCUACACGGACAUUAGAGGCAAUCGGUAAGAAGAAUUCAGAUGAUAUUCCGACACUGACUUCUCAACCACUGAGUAAAGGAGCUUACUCUCAUCACCGGAUUAAAAUUCAAUACUCCUAGUCCUAAAACUUUAAGAAAAUAAAAAAAAGCUGAGGUUUGCAGUGAUAUGUCA